AUGCGACAGUGCCUGACCUUCCCCGAAACUGGCUACUACACACAAUCGACCGAAGGCAAAGACCCAUUCGGCAAGAAAGGAGAUUUCGUCACGUCUCCUGAGAUCUCACAGAUCUUCGGUGAACUCAUCGGACUGUGGUUUGUGGCAGAGUGGAUCGCCCAAGGCAGAAAGAGCAGCGGAGUUUACCUGAUGGAAAUGGGCCCUGGACGAGGAACCUUGAUGGACGACAUGCUGAGAUCGAUCCGCAACUUCAAACCUCUGGCCCAAGCUAUUGACGGCAUCUAUAUGGUCGAAGCCAGUCCGUCAUUACGUCAAGCCCAGCACAAGCUCCUAUGCGGUGACAACCCCUUGGAAGAAAUCGACAUUGGCUACAAGAGCACAUGCAAGUACACUCCCGACUUGAGCAUCAUCUGGUGUGAGGACAUCCGCUUUGUGCCCAGAGAGACAGACAGCUCGCCCUUCAUCGUCGCCCACGAGUUCUUCGAUGCUCUUCCCAUCCACGUUUUCGAGUCUGUCAAGGCCCAGGCUGCUCCCAAGCAGAUUCGCACCCCUACUGGCAUCCACAAGGUCGACCCCUCAGCUACUGGCAACCCAAACACUGUCUCGCAAUGGCGUGAACUUGUCGUCUCGCCCACCUCGCCCUACGCAACCCACGACACACUUAACACACCGAAGUCACAACGCGAUCAACCUGUCCCUGAAUUCGCACUCACCCGCUCGCAAGCAGCCACACCACACUCGCUCUUCCUCCCCGAGCAAUCAAAUCGUUACAAGAACCUCAAAGACACUGAAGGCUCCGUCAUCGAAGUAAGCCCCGAAUCACAAACAUAUGCCGCAGACUUUGCUGUCCGAAUCGGUGGAGGCGUCAGCCCCUCAGCUCUCUACAGUACCCACCCCGAUCAGACCCCCCCUCCUAUUGGUCGUCGCGUUUCUCCUCGUCGUGCUCUUGAGGAAAUCGUCAAGAAGCAGGCUUCCGGCGCAGCAUUGAUCCUCGACUACGGCACCGCCGCCACAAUCCCUGUAAACUCUCUUCGUGGCAUCAAGGAGCACCGCAUGGUUUCUCCUCUCUCAGAACCCGGUAAAGUUGACAUCAGUGCUGACGUCGAUUUCCUCGCUUUGGCUGAGAGUGCCAUCAAUGCCUCUCUGCACGUCGAAGUUCAUGGACCUGUCGACCAAGCACGUUUCCUUACAUCCAUGGGUAUCGAGCAAAGAGCAGCUCAACUUGUCAAACUAGCUGUUGAUCGCGAACGAGGCAGUGUUGCGGAGAAGGCCGAGGGCGAGAGAACGAAGAGCGAUCUUACUGAGACAGUCAAGAGAAUCGAGAGUGGGUGGAGAAGACUCGUUGAUGUGGGACCUCAGGGCAUGGGUAAACUGUAUCAGGUCAUGGCUAUCUUGCCACAUGUACCGCCCAAGCANGGAGAGCAGCCCAGGAGACCUGUGGGCUUUGGUGGUGAUGUGGCCGUCUAG